AGAGCAUAGCAAAACCUGCAUAUAGGUACUAUUUCAGCAUGCUGUUUAGUAGGCUUCUCUCUAGUACGCAUUCCUGCGUGCUGUGUACUGCGCCAUGUCCGAGCGCGCGACAAGCCAAGCGCGCUGUUGGACAUCUCUAUGGCAACCAGGAUCCUCUUCACGCCAAUGAGAGCGCUCCUCAGUAGCGUUAAAGCCAGGCGGGGUCGCCAUGCCUCCUCAGUGAUGCGCGCUUCUGCUGCUCGGCAGGAAAACACGCGGGAGACUGAAUACUAAUCAGAGGAAGGAUGGCUCGGAGAGCUGUAGUCGGUUAGCUGUUAGCUCCGGCAGCUGCACUUGUCCGGAAACGUGUUGAGCGCUACAUCAGUGUCAGUACUGCGUCUUUUUAAUCCUGAUAAACAGAAGGAUACGAGGCAGAAGUGUGUGUGUGUGUGUGUGUGUCUGACUGACUGGAGGACAUGGACCUGUGGGGUUUCUCAGGUUCCGUUUGUUUGGCUCCACAGCUUGUUUAAGAAACGGGCAGCAGCCUACCAGUUUAACGCUGAAAAUCUCAGAGUCCUCCUGCGCUGAAGGCUGAAGAGGAAGAAGGGGAAGUGGAGCUUGCUGCCUGGCGGCACAGAUGUCUUUCAGCUCUAACACGUAACCUGGCUCGCUCUUAAUGCCUGGCAACACUUUCUCGGUGUAAUCAUUGCAUAUUUUUUCAUGAAGACAACCCGGGCAAGGAAUUUGGUAUAAUAGCAGUACCAGGACCGUGUGAUUUUAAGACCACACUAGAGGAAAAGUUCUUCAACAUGAAUACAGACAGCGGAGGACGAGCUCACAAGAGCACCACGCUCUCACUCACUCUAACCCCCAUGAAGAGAGUCCAGAGUUCCCCAAACCUAUGUGGGCUUGCAGGCACAGAAUCUCCACUGACAGAUUCAGAUAUGUGGUGGCACUACACUGCUGGAGAUGCUCUAAGAAAUGGCAACAUGGCCACUUCCUCUUUGGCGGCUAAAGGAUUCAGAAGUGUUAGGCCCAACCUGCAGGAUAAGAAGUCGCCCACUCCGGGCCUCGCUCCUCAGAGAGAGAGCUCUCAGCUGCAUCCUGCUGACUGUAAUCCAGGAACAUUUAGCCUCCAUAAUUAUCCCACACAAUGCUAUGAUGGCCCACUGCUCACAACACACAACUCAUUCUCCAGGGGAGCAAUGUCUGCAAGCUCAGAGCAGAGCUCCAGAGGCAACCAGUUCUCUGACUCCAACACCAAUGACUCUAAACAGCCUCUCAGCUUUAGCAGUUUCCCCAGGGUAUGUGGCCCUGAGAAAGCUAGCAUCCAUCCAUCGCCCUUAGAUCACCUUAACUCACACGCCCCAGUUAGGCAGAAAAAGCAACAUGUAGCCUCCCUGUCCAUAUGCAUUACACCACGGCAUCAGACAGAAGCCAGAUACACACAGACUCUGUCUCUCAGCCCCCACACUCCACCCAAAAGGAAGGACCCUCUGGAUUCCAGAACAGUCUUUCACCCUUCACUGCCCCCUGCAGUCCAACAAGUGGCCUACCCAGGACCACCGCUGGCCUCCUGCUCGCCCCCUAACAGGCCACGCUUCUUUACCGACUACACCUGCUCUAGUGCCUCUGACCACCAUUCACUUCCUCUUUCCCAUGGGCUUGCCUAUUCCAACUUGGAUCCAUAUCCACCUCUGAGUGGCUGUUCUUCUCGUGCUCAGAGUGUGUCUUCCAUGGCCAUGCUGGAGGAGCUGAGAACGUGUGGAAUAGACUCGGAGGGAGGUUCUGCGUCCCCUUCACCCACCCACUGCCAGCUGAGCAGUUCCACUGACAACAUGGCGAUAGACAUCCCUACAGCUAGCUCUGCUAAUGGCCAAAUGACUGUAAAUGGAAGUGUAGGUGUGACCACAGGCCUAAAGAGUCACCUCCAAAGACCCUUCUCCCCUUCCACGUAUCCUCCUCUUCCCUCUUUCAGCCCUAGUCUCACAGCCAUGCAGCAGGGCCGGAGCACUCCUGCUGAGUCCAUUUCUCCAGUCUGUGCCACUGUGGGUUCAGUGACUUCUAUGCAUGCACCAGAUGAUGAGAGGAGAGGUACAAUGGGCAAAACUCCCCAUUACUCAGGCAUUGGCCCUGUGGAUGAGUCUGGAAUUCCCAUCGCCACUAGGACUACUGUGGACAGGCCAAAAGACUGGUACAAGACUAUGUUCAAGCAGAUUCACGUGGUGCAUAAACCAGAGUUUGAAUAUUCUGGUUCCCGUACUGCCACUCAGCCUACUAUGAAUGAUGAGAAGCAUAGUCCAACUAAUAAUGUCCAGGCACACCCUGCACCUAAGAGCAAUACAUACAGACCCAUAACCAAGAGCAUCUCUGAUAAUGGCACAUGUGGAUUCAGAACAUCCAGCUCUUCCUCCCUGCCAACUUCAUCAUCAGCUCAGCCAUUGUCUCAGAACCGUAAUAUCCACCAGAGUGGCAGUAGCACCCCAGACAUGAAUCAGUGGGGUCCUCCAGAUAGAAAAGUGGACACUCGCAAAUACAGAGCCGAGCCCAGGAGUAUCUUUGACUAUGAGCCAGGGAAAUCCUCUAUUCUAGAUCAAGAGAAAGCAAAGAGUAACUUAACACCAGAAGAGCUAGCUUUAGAGAAUGAGCCCUGGUAUAAGUUCUUUGCAGAGCUGGAGUUUGGACGGCCGCCUCCUAAAAAACGCCUGGACUAUGAUCCAGAGAGUGCGCUCCGAAUCCGUAAUGAGACCUUUCUUUAUCAGCCGUCUGCUGACAGAAGCUUUGAACGGCCCUCAAGUUCUGCCAGUGAUAACAGGACAAGAAGGAAGUCAGAGCCCACGGCCUCCCAGUCUCGGCCUCAAAGCUCACUAAGCUCCACCCAAAGCAUUGGAAAACCAAUGGAGAUUCAUGCUGCUCACCUUCCUGAACCAACCAGGACCAGCAUUACCCAGAGAAAGUCCUUAAACACCCCUUCUACUUCCUCCUUGUCCAGGUCAAAAGAUCAAGACACAUCCAGAGGUUAUUCCUAUCCUGAUGUAGGCCGACAAACUCCACAGAGCAGGAGGCCUACACCUGAAGUCAGAGAGAAACUGCCAGCCAGAGCAAUAUACGACUUCAAGGCACUGACAGCAAAAGAGCUUUCAUUCAAUAAAGGGGAGAUUGUGUACAUCACACGGCAGAUAGAUAAUAACUGGUUUGAAGGAGAACACCAUGGGAAAGUGGGCAUCUUUCCUAUCUCUUAUGUGGAGAAAAUCUCUCCAUUAGACAGACACCAGCCUGCAAGGCCUCCUCCUCCAGCCCAGAGUACAGAGAUUGGGGAAGCUGUGGCUCGCUACAACUUCAGCGCUGACACUAAUGUGGAACUUUCCUUAAGAAAGGGUGAACGUGUUAUAGUGCUGCGCCAAGUGGACCAGAACUGGUUCGCAGGAAAGAUCCCUGGCACAAACAAACAGGGCAUCUUUCCAGUGUCUUACGUGGACAUCAUCAAGAAAUCUCCUGUGAAAAGUCCUAGCCAGCCACCAGGAGUUGCACAUAGUUCCUCCAGUGACCGAAUGCACAGCAGGCCAUCAUCUGCACGCCUCAUGACCUGCUCUCCCUCAUCCACUCCUCGCCAGCACACCUCACCCUCCCUCAGCUCCCAGAGGGCAGCUCAUCUGCAGGCAGUGACUGGCGAGUGGCUCGCCCUCACACUCGGUCUGUCUCCCUCAGGCACUCCUGCCCCUACACCUCCCCCUUUACCCUCUAAUUUUCAGCUAGAUUAUGAAAGGCUGGACUCCCCUGCUGCCUCUGCUUCCUUCACACCAUGCACCCUCACCCCACCACUCAAAGAGGGUCACUUUGUUCCCAUCAGCUCUCCGAAAUCGUACAUGUCUCCUGAUCCCAGUCCCUCACCUCAGGCCUACCUCACCUCAGCGUCCUUUACCCCGUCCCCCAUCUCCCCCACUUUUGACUCCAGCCCCAAGUGUGGCAGCGUGAUAGAAGUGAACACAAGCCUCAAGCCUGGUCUGCUUGAGAAAGAGCAACAUUUUUCAGAUAGCUGUGGCUUUGAUAAGUUGGACUCACCUAGAUCUUGCUACCCAAAUUAUCUGGUUGUGUAUGAACCUGAGGAGCAGCCCUCAUCCUCAGGGUUUCCCUUAUCCUCCAGAGAAACUGAGGAGGAUGUGUGUGAAGAGCUUGUGUCCAUCAUCCAGGCCAGCCAGGCAGAGCGCCCCAUUUUGGAGACAGCAGAGUUUCAUAGGCAAGAGUUGACAGAUGAUUCAGAUGAUCUACCCAAACUGUUCAUAGAGGAGGAUCCAAGUGAUGACAGCAGGGCUUAUUCAGACUCCCAGUCAUCAAAUACCUUCACUCCAGUCCACCUGGUUUGUAGUGAGAUGUCAGAACAUGAGCAGGCUGAAGUUACACAAAGUCCCCCUAUGUGUCCGUCAUCCCCUAUUUCUUCAAAGCCUUUGAGUUCCACACCCCCUGCAUCUCCCAAGUUCUCCUCCCCUACCCCCCGCUCCACCCCUCCACUCCCUGGGGUGUCUCACUCCCCUCCUCCUUCCUCCAAACAGCUCCGAUCCCCCAAGGUCAAGCCUGUGUUAAGGCAUGAUGUUGUGGUUGUCGGUAAGCCCCCCCGUAGCCCUGUGAUGUCUAGGAGGUCCUGUGGAUCACCUGUUAGAGGGCAAAACUAUUCACCAUCUCAUAGGCGUCCAGCACAGGAUCCUCUGGAAGGAGGUGGAGAACCGUUUCAGGCCCUGUAUAAUUAUAUGCCACGCAACGAGGAUGAGCUGGAACUGAAAGAAGGAGACAUCGUCGAUGUGAUGGAGAAGUGUGAUGAUGGCUGGUUUGUGGGAACGUCCAGGAGGAGCAAGUUUUUUGGAACCUUCCCUGGAAACUAUGUGAAGAGGGUCUAAGCUGAGCUUCUCUCUGUGUUCUUCUGUACAUGUCUGCUGAUAUGAAUCCACAGAGUAAAUGAAGAACGUCACCUAUUUUUCAGCUACAUUAUAUUACUAUCAGCCCAAUACUGCAUGAGAAAAGUGUGUGCAACCUAGUCUCAUUGGUCUCGGAGUGGAUUAUUACACCUUGUACAUUAGCUGAAGGACUGGAAUCCCUCAAUUCUCAAGCAAUCAUAUAUAAACAUAGAAUUGCAUCAAAGACUUAAAAAGUUGGCUUUUUUGAUUGCCUAUAUUUUUAACAUUAUUUUUCAUUAAAGAAAAUCGGCAUGCCUGCCAUUUAGUAAAGUUGAUGAGUUUCAAAGGAAAGAAUUAACAAAGUGCCCUAUUUAUCUUUAUUUAUUGAGAGGGAUAUAUUUUUUCUUGUUUUGGGGUACAUUGGAAGGUUUAGAGAAUAGAUUAGGAAUGUUCUGAUGUUUUAGAGACAAGGACAUGCCCCUGCUAAUCUGAACCUGCAGUCUGAUCUAAUCUACAUCUAGAUUGACCAGUAUCGCAGUGUCAUGCUGAGUAGGAUACUUCACUACUUCUGGCACAUGCACAUAUUUCUAUGAUUUUUGUCCCUCCAGACAUUCCUAUAAAUAUCUAAAGGAUUUUCUAAAUGCUUAUGGUAUUUUUAGGUCAGAGAGUGUCAUGUUUUAUACAGUGCAAAAGUCAUUAACAUUGAUUUUGGAGAAUAACUGUGUGCUCUGCAUAGCUGUGUAUGCAUUUUAACGGUAUAAUUUAAUUGAACCACAAUAUUGUCUACUGCCUAAUACUAAUAUUUAAUGCCAUAUGAUCAUGCACACUGUAAUCUCUUAUUUAUAAUUCAACAUGAUAUAGCUUGUAUGUAAUAUGGCCAUUUUAAUAUGUAUGAAUCUGAGUGAAAAGUGUAUUUUUUAAAAAAGAAAUCUAUUAUUUUAAUUCAUUAGACAGAAGUGUUAUUCUCUUUCAGAAUUAUUAACUAUAUAUUUUGUUAAUUUUAAUCUUCAACAUAUGUUUUGUUCAGGCUUUAAGACUGAUUUAGGAAAUAAUUAAUCCCCCCCCGUUUGGUCUUGCCAAAUCCCACCCACAAGCUAAAUCUCCCCUAUCACAUGACAGCUACCAGCUGAGGAGGGUGGAGCAAACACAUGCUUCCUCAGAGACACGUGAAGCCUCCACAUCUUUUCAAACUGCUACUCAUGCAGCGUCACAGGGCAGCUUAACACACUCGGAGGAAAGCACUAUCUGCCCUCUUCUGCAUACAUGAGCUCACAGAUGCCCACAAUUGCGUAGUGUCGCUCUGAUUGACAGAGGAGAGAUAGUAAUGCCACUUCUCCCACCCAGUAAGCAUGGCCAAUUUUACUCUCUUGACUCCCAGCCACAGAUGGCUGUGGCAUUGUUGGGGUUCAAGUGCUCGAUCUCCCAACGAUAGGCAAAUGCUUUUCUGUUGCACCACUCGGGAGCCCCCCAAACCUUACGCUUUAACUGAAGCACAGAAAUCAUCCAAAAGCAUCUGCAUUAUUGGGAGUGUUACUUUUAUUUGAGGCAUUAUAUAUAUUUUUUGCAGACUUACAUGUGUUGUCAUACAGUUUGGGUUACCAGCUUCUUCCAAUUUCACAUUAAUUCGUAAAGCAUAAUAAUCAGUGCAAGACUCUUCUCAAAUUCUACAUAAUUCUACAGUCUCAAAAUGUGUUCAGUGACCUUUGCCAUAAUAAUGACAUUGUUCUACUGUGGACAGGAAGACACUUAGCACUAAACAGAGCAAUAGUUUGAUUAUCUCUGACCUCAACUAGUAUUAAAGUUACCCAAUAACCACUGCAGUGCUUUGUGUUGGUGUCUAGGUUACAUGAGAACUGUGUGCUUAUUUAAACUAGAUCCCUAGUCUUCCAUCGUUUAGUAGCAGGUCUAGCAAAAUGAGGUAAAGUUGCUAGUAUAGUGCACUUGGUGAAUAAAUCUACAAAAUGUCCUUUAUGCAAUUCAGUGUAGAAUGUAACACAAAACUAUAUCUGUCCAGGAAACUGUGUCCAAGUGUUAAUUGUGUAAAAGAUGGAAUGUAUAGAAGAGUUUAUCUCAUGCAGUUAUUUGACACUAUGUUUAGACAGACUGUGUGGCAUAAAGAUACAAAUCCAAACAGAUGAAUCAAAUCGAUGUGAUUUAAUUAUCUGGACUAUCAUCUUAAAUUUUGUCUUAUUAAUACUGUUUAACUGAACACUUAACAACUGAUUAAAGGUGCAGUAUUUUUGCAUACUAUGAUUAUCUGAUGCUGAGUAAAUUAAAUAAAUCAGUGGUGUAAUUAGAUAGUACCACUUUACAGUGUUGAGAUGUCAAAAAUAUACACUACAGGCCAAAUGUUUGAAAGCAACACCAGCAAUGUAAAACACAAUUCUUUUUAAGGGAUAACACAAAAAAAAUGUGUUUAUUAACUUAGAUCAAAACUGUUGGCUGAAUGCCUGCAGCGAUAGUGUACAACUGAGUGAAUCCUACAGUUUAAAUGGUUUUAAAUGGUUUAAAUUCAGUUUAAAUGACUCCGGAUAUCCUUUUAUGAUUUUUCAUCAUGUAUGUUGCUGGUAUAACAUUCCAAGUCUUUGUAAGUCCUUUAUAAAUCAUUGUUGACAUGUUUUUCUCACUGAGCAUUUGGACUGGUGAGAGAUGCAAUUAGCAUUUGUAGUAUACCUUAGUAUACUAAAUGUGAUAUUGUGUUGGUUAAGAAUUCAUUUAAAAAAAUCACAGCUUGUUUUCACACUUUUGGCCUGUAGUAUAUAUGUGUGUAUGUAUAUACUGUAGUUAAUAUCACAGUGUCUUCCCAGCUGUGUACAGUAUAUGCAGACGUCCACCAGGACAUCAUCUCUAAAAGCAAUCUGUUAAACCCAAGGCCAAUGUUUAUUUUUAUAUUUCUUUCUUGUUUCUCUCUGUGGAACUGUACAUUUAAUAAACAGAUGCUAAUCUAA